AUGGGCAACCGCGUGGCGAGGGUGGCGACGCCGUGCUUCGCGCCGGCCCACCGUGGUGGGCGCGGUCACCGCGCCGACGACGGCACGGCUGCGGACGGGCAAACCAACGGCCCGGCCGAUGAUGGCAGCAGCAGCAUCGGUCACAUUCUCAGCUUCGACGGCCGCGAGGGCCCCGCGUUCGCCGGCGCCAUCCACGGCGUGUUGCUGCCGUCGAACCAGUCCACGGUGGGCUCCGGCGGCGGCGGCGGCUCCGUUCUGAACGAUCAGAUGUCCUUCUCCGGCUCGUCGUCAUUCGACAGCUCCAACUCGUUCUCGUUCCGGAAGCUCCAGCCGCGGCAGUACUCGGGCCCGCUGGAGUACAGCACGUCGCCGUCGACGUCCGCGACGACCUCCGGCGUGUCCGUGUCGCGGCAGCCCCGGCGCACCGACGAGCAGAUCCUCGCCGACCUCUACGCGACGCGGCACCGGCGCCAGUGCCUGCAGGCGUCUAAGCCGAGCCCGCUGCUCGGCGGCCUCCGCCGGGCCUUCGCGUCGGUGCUGCGCGCGAGCCCCUGCGUGUCCCCCGGCAGGAACCAGGACCGCGGCGAGCACGUCGCCGUGGCGGUCGGCAAUGGCAGCGGCGGCGGCAUUGGCGCGGCGAUCGGGAGCCAUGCCGAGAGCGGCAGCAAGGGCAGCGAGGCCGCGACGGACGACGGCGCGGCGAGGGUGGAGUGGGCGCGCGGGAAGGCUGGGGAGGACAGGGUGCACCUCGUGGUGUCGGAGGAGCACGGCUGGAUGUUCGUCGGCAUCUACGACGGCUUCAACGGCCCCGACGCCACCGACUACCUCGUCGCCAACCUGUACGCCUCCGUGUGCCGCGAGCUCGACGGCGUGCUAUCAUCGGAGGACGCCGACCCCGCCGACUGGCCGGACGGGCAGCAGCAGCAGUGCAACGGCCGCCGCCGCGCCGCGGGCGAGCAGGAGCAGGAGGUGCUGGACGCGCUGGCGCGCGCCCUGAGGAGCACGGAGGCGGCGUUCUUCGCGGAGGCGGAGGAGCGCGCGGCGGAGUGCCCGGAGCUGGCGAUGAUGGGAUCGUGCGUGCUGGUGGUGCUGAUGAAGGGCGCCGACGUGUACGUGAUGAACGUCGGGGACAGCCGCGCCGUGCUGGCGCAGCGAGCGGCGGCCGAGUCCCCGCCGCCGCAGCCCGACAUGGGAGAGCUCGCCGCGCUGCAGCUCACCAUGGACCACAGCACCAGCGUCUACAAGGAGGCGAGACGGAUCAGGAGCGAGCACCUAGACGAUCCUGCCUGCAUUGUGAACGACAGGGUGAAGGGUUCGCUGAAGGUGACAAGAGCAUUCGGAGCCGGCUACCUAAAAGAGCCCAGGUGGAACAAGGCCCUCCUGCAGGUCUUCCGGGUGAACUACGUCGGGACGGCGCCGUACGUCACCUGCCGGCCGUUCCUCCGGCACCACCGGCUGGGCUCGCGGGACAAGUUCAUGAUCCUCUCCUCUGACGGCCUCUACGACUACUUCACCAACGAGGAGGUGGUGGCGCAGGUGGAGGCCUUCACCUCCAGGUACCCCGACGAGGACCCCGCCAAGUACCUCAGCCACGAGAUCCUCCUCCGCGCUGCCAACCAAGCUGGAAUGGGGUUCCAUGAGUUGCUCGAGGUUCAGCAAGGCGACCGGAGGCAGUACCACGACGACGUCUCCAUCAUCAUCAUUUCGUUGGAGGGGAAGAUCUGGAGAUCAUAGGUCUAUGAACCUGUCACUACUGAUCACGGCAUUGUAAUGGUAGAAUGCAUUAUACUGAUUUACAAUGUACAUUGUAAAUUCUGCUUGUAAUUGACGAAUUAGAUAGUCACAAAGCCAGUGAGCAAAAAGUUUUGGCGGCACCUCCUCUUGUUUGAUUUUUUAAAAAAAAAUCUUAGGUAAAGGAAUUCUAUUGUUUGAAUUGAUUUGAC